GUUUUAUUUUUGUUGACAAUUGCAGGUUACAAACAUGGCGUUCCUGCCGGGUUUGAAGAAGCAAAUCAACAAGGCAAACCAGUUUAUGUCAGAGAAAAUCAGCGGAGUCGAAGGAACAAAGCUUGACGAUGAUUUCCACACGAUGGAGCGUAAGACGGAUAUCUAUGUGGAGUUGGUGGAUGAUCUUCAGAUUAAAACUAAGGAGUAUCUUCAACCCAAUCCUACUGUCAGGGCCAAGAUGGCGGCCGUCAAGGGUAUUUCGAAACUAUCUGGUCAGGCUAAAGCUAGCACCUAUCCCCAACCUGAGGGGACUUUAGGGGAUGCCAUGGCAACCUUCGGAAACAAGCUGCUGGACUUUGACAACAGGUUGGUUGGGGUGGCGCACCACCGGAAGAAGCUUCAAGGCCGGAAGUUGGAUUAUGAUUGUAAGAAGAGGAAACAGCAGUCAGGGGGUGGUGUACCGGAAAAGGAAAUAAAACAGGCCGAGGAUAAAUUUGCUGAGAGUCUUCACCUGGCCCAGAUGGGGAUGCACAACAUCAUGGAGAACGAUGUAGAGCAGAGUUUGACGGACACCCUGUACACAAAGACGAAUGAGGCGAGCUCUAGGGAGAAAAGAGAGUUUACCCCUAAGACCCUUGAGGACCUUGGAGUGGAGACAAGCAGUGAUUAUAACAUUGCUGCACCUAACCAAGAACGCGUAGCAAACCUUGAUCCCUGGGAAAGUGCGGAAAUAAAUUCGCGGAUUUCCCAGCCCUCCCCGUCUCAGCGGUUCUGCCAACCCGCCGCUCCCGCCAAUUCUUGGACAGUUUUUCCUGAAAGUUCUCCCGCACCGCAACCUGCCCGUGGCUGGCACCCCUGUUUCUUCUGGGGCCUCUCCUGCGGAAAGGCGUUGUACGAUUUUGAACCAGAGAAUGCUGGUGAGCUGGGGUUCAAGGAGGGAGACAUCAUCACCCUUAAGCAGAAACUGGAUGACAACUGGUUUGAAGGAACCCUGAACGGGAAGUCGGGAUUCUUCCCGAUAAACUAUGUGACCGUGUUGGUCAACUAA